GAAUCAGGACAUAUUCUUUCUCUCUUUCUCUCUCCACUCUCUCUCUCUCCUCCCAACUUGGCUCCUCCCAUAGUCCCAUCCACUAUUCCACUUGCACUGCAUCUCUCUCAUUUACUUCUUCGCGUUAAACCCCUCCAUAGAUUCUCACCCACCAUCCAUUCUCCCAAAAGAUCUCAAACCCCUAGGGUUUUUUUUGGAGAGAGAGGGAGGGAGGGAUGAAGAUUCAGUGCAACGUUUGUGAGGUAGCGGAGGCGAACGUGCUGUGCUGUGCGGAUGAGGCGGCGCUGUGCUGGGGGUGCGAUGAGAAGGUUCACGCGGCCAAUAAGCUCGCCAGUAAGCACCAGAGGGUCCCUCUCUCCAGCGCUUCCUCCCCCAUGCCUAAAUGUGACAUCUGUCAGGAAGCGGUUGGCUAUUUCUUUUGUCUUGAGGAUCGAGCUUUACUCUGCCGAAAGUGUGAUGUUGCCGUACACACGGCAAAUACCUUCGUGUCAGCUCACAAGAGAUUUCUGCUUACGGGAGUUAAAGUUGGACUCGAAUCCACUGAACAUGGUGGAUCAUCUUCAUCAGGGAAGUCACCUUCAGUUAAGGCAGAAACAGAAUCUCGUUCUCUGUCUAGAAAUGGUACGCUAGUGUCAUUGGAUGGCCAAUACACCAAAGCAUUACCUGUCCAAGUGGGAGGAGUUGGGGAUUUUGUACCAACUAAGUUGCCGUUGUCUGGAGGAUCUGCAGCUGGGAGUUUUCCACAGUGGCAGUUAGAUGAUUAUCUUGGACUAACUGGAUUCAAUCAGACAUAUGGCUACAUGAAUAGUGACUCAUGCAAGGCUGAUAGUGGUAAGGUUGGAGACUCUGACUGCUCCUCAAUUCUAAGAGCUGGAGAAGAAGACCUGGAUGCUGAUGAAAGCUUGGGUCAGGUGCCAGAUGCAUCCUGGACAGUACCACAGGUCCCUUCGCCACCAACAGCCUCAGGGCUUUACUGGCCAAAAAGUUACCGUAAUAUGUCUGGUGCUUCUGUUUCUGUGCCUGAUAUUUGCUCACUUGGGCAAAGCCCUACUCAUUAUCAACCACGUGGCACUAGUUGAAAGCGGCGGAGGGAAUUCUAAUUCAUUUUCCCUGUACGCGCUACCCCUAUUUGCUGUCUAUGGGUUAUAACUUCACUUUAGUUUGUCAUUGGAUCUUGGAUUUUCGGAUUUGCGGAAGAAAAGCCAAGCAAAAUUAGCUUCCUUUUUCUUUUCCCUCUGCAAUUUCCUCCAUAAAUCCAAGAUUUAAUCACAACCUUAAAGUAUGUUGUGUAGUCUCCAGAGUAUGUAUUUCAUAUUUAAUCUCUUAAAGAGUUGAAGAAGUUGGUUGAGCUAAUAUCUGUGGUUUGAAAUCUCUUGCUUUCUUCUGUAACUAGAUCUUUCUCCUUUUUUGCUGUUGUUGUGUAGGGUUGUAAAAUUUUAAAGGAUUACUACUGCUAUAUCUUAGGUGUCUGUCAUUUGGAUGAAGGGGUUACUGUUAGAAAUUACCAUGGGUAAAAGUUCAGUGAAAUGAAAUUUGUGCUAUGAACGAA